UGAGUAAAAUUCAAUGUCAUUGGCUAAUGGCUGUGCAAGUUCGUUCUUCCCCUGGGCCUCUGUCGAUCAAAACCUGAUGUGACUGGAGAAGCCGAGAAAAUUCUGUGAAUUUCCCAGGAAAAGCUACUUCGCCCGAGAAAUGUUGCUGUUUCAGCCUCCUCAAGCAACGCAACCGCCUUAUCACUCGGUUUAUUUUCGUCCUCGCUUUCCGAAACCGCCUCCGUGUUCUGUUGCCCUAAACCCUCCGACAACCACCGGCGCCGGAACGAAUCUCACCAAUAUCCAGUUGAUUAAAUCACUUUGCAAACAGGGAAACUUGAAGCAAGCGCUUCAUGUCUUGGAUCAGGAAUCCAACCCGACCCAACAGGCCUACGAGCUUCUGAUACUCUCCUGCGCUCAUCAAAGCUGUCUUUCUGAUGCUCUACGCGUUCACCGACACAUUUUGGAUAAUGGGUUUGAUCAAGAUCCCUUUUUGGCGACUAAGCUUAUCGGUAUGUACUCAGAAUUGGGAUACGUUGAUUAUGCACGGAAGGUGUUCGAUGGAACGCGUAAGAGAACUAUAUACGUGUGGAAUGCUUUGUUCAGGGCGCUUUCGUUAGCGGGUCAAGGAGAAGAAGUGUUGGAUUUGUAUAGGAAGAUGAAUAAAAUUGGAGUUCAAUCAGACAGGUUCACGUACACAUACGUUCUCAAGGCUUGUGUUGCAUCAGAAUGCACGGGCAAUCAUCUGAAGAAGGGAAAGGAGAUUCACGCCCAUAUCACCCGGCGCGGGUACAACUCGCAUGUUUACAUCAUGACUACGUUGGUGGACAUGUAUGCUCGAUUCGGGUGCGUGGAUUAUGCCAGUAGCGUGUUCAAUGAGAUGCCUGUGAAAAACGUGGUUUCUUGGAGCGCAAUGAUCGCCUGCUAUGCGAAAAAUGGGAAACCUUUCGAAGCUUUGGAGAUUUUCCACGAAAUGAUGAAAGAAACCCAGGAUUCAUCUCCGAAUUCCAUAACUAUGGUAAGUGUGCUUCAAGCUUGUGCUGCAAUAUCGGCGUUGGAGCAAGGAAAGUUGAUCCAUGGGUACUUACUCAGGCGUCGGCUUCAUUCCAUAAUGCCGGUGAUGAGUGCUUUGGUGACGAUGUAUGCCAGAUGUGGAAAGCUUGAACUGGGCCAAAGGGUGUUUGACCAGAUGGUUAACCGAGACGUCGUAUCAUGGAAUUCCUUGAUCUCAAGCUAUGGCGUUCAUGGUUAUGGCCGGAAAGCAAUACAGAUAUUCGAAGAGAUGAUCGCCAAUGGAUGUUCCCCGAGUCCUGUAACAUUCGUCAGCGUUUUGGGGGCCUGCAGUCACGAGGGCCUCGUCGAAGAAGGGAAGAAACUGUUUGAUUCCAUGUGGAGAGAACACAGGAUACGUCCCCAAGUCGAGCAUUACGCUUGUAUGGUUGAUCUCUUGGGCAGAGCAGAUCGGCUAGACGAGGCAGCAAAAAUGGUGGAAGAUAUGAGGAUUGAACCAGGGCCAAAGGUUUGGGGUGCCCUUCUCGGAUCCUGCAGGAUUCACUGCAAUGUUGAGCUAGCAGAGCGGGCAAGCAGGAGGCUGUUCGAGCUUGAACCGAGAAACGCAGGGAACUAUGUUCUGUUAACAGACAUAUAUGCAGAAGCUCAGAUGUGGGACGAGGUUAAGAGAGUGAAGAAGCUUCUAGAAUCCCGGGGAUUGCAGAAGCUGCCCGGAAGAAGCUGGAUCGAGGUGAGGAGAAGAAUGUAUUCGUUUGUGUCCGAAGAUGAGUUCAACCCACAUAUCGAACAGAUCCAUGCCCUUUUGGUCAGACUAGCGGAAGAGAUGAAGGAGAAAGGAUACGUGCCGCAGACGAAAGGGGUGUUGUAUGAGCUGGAGACAGAAGAGAAAGAGAGGAUAGUGUUGGGGCAUAGCGAAAAGAUAGCAGUCGGGUUCGGUCUGAUCAAUACAGCGAAAGGGGAACCGAUCAGGAUCACGAAGAACCUGAGACUGUGCGAAGACUGCCACCUGUUCACAAAGUUCAUAUCCAAGUUCAUGGAUAAGGAGAUUCUUGUUCGGGAUGUGAACAGAUUUCACAGUUUCAAGAACGGAGUGUGUUCUUGUGGGGAUUACUGGUGAUUCUUUUUCCCUUUGGAUUUUUAUACUGUCGGAUUUUGUGAAUAAAGAACGGGAGAGAGGCAAGAGAGGUUUCGGGGUUGAGAUACAUGCAGAAGACAGAGAUGUAAUACGAUUGGAUCACCAUUAUUGUUAAAUCAUCAUAUUAGCUCUUUUCAA